UCGGCAAUCGCGGAACCGUUUUCCCGCCUCAUCUUUCGCAACAAUUCUCUCUACCACCGAAAACCCCCCGUCAACCUUCACACGCCCAAACCUCCUCAUCGCAAGGUCCUCACGUCCGGCUAUCCCACCCCUGUCCCAAGGUCACCCGGACAAAUCCGGAGUCGCAACACUCACUCGCAUUUUAAACGUUGCGUUUGUGCGGUGCUCACGUUUGGAUUCCGGUGCUCUGCUGGUGCGGCGUUGCGUUCGCGGAGCCCAAAUCUAGUCGCCCUACGAUGCUCCAGCACGCACGCAGCUGAAUCUAGUCGGCCGAGAUGUCUGCCAUAGAAGACGAGAUCAGCACGGCUGAUACUGAAGAUGCUCUACUCAAAGGCUCGAGAAACAGCUCGGAGACGAUCAGCGAGGGAACGUCGAAGCGACCGUGGUGUUACGUCAUCGGCGGCGGGGUUCUACUCGUCUGGGGGUUGGCGACGCUGAUUUGGACGCCGUUUGAAAUACUAAUGGCCGAACGCCUCCGAAUGACGCCGGGGUUUCCCCCGUACGAAUGGUGGAAAAAUCCCCCAGAUGAAGUCAUAAUCAGGGCCUACCUCUACAACGUCACUAAUUCCGAAGAGUUCCUAAAUAACCCGAACGUUAAAAUAAACAUGGCCGAAAUCGGCCCGAUCGUCUUCAUGGAGAAAUUGACACAUACCAACGUGACCUUCAACGAAAAUGGCACCAUGACCUAUGUGGCAACGCGAAAGGCGAUUUUUUUGCCAGAACUGAAUAGCAUUGAUCUGAAUGCGACCAUCGUGGUGCCUAAUUGGGCUCUGCUGGGCAUCGCGUCGUAUUUGUCCGAACAGAGCUUUUUCGUUAAGUUAGGGUUUAACCUGUUGACGAGAUCGGUUAAACCGCAACAGUUUGUUAAGUUAACCAUUGAUCAGUUCCUGUGGAACUUCACAGAUCCGAUGCUGGAUGCGGCCUAUAAAAUUGCGCCGUUUCUAGUUCCGAUCAAAAAUCUAGGGAUCUUGUCGCGGAUUUACACAAAUUUCACCAACACUGUAACAGUGUACAUUGGGACGAAAUACGGGGACGAGAAUUUCUUCCUCAUUGAUAAAUACGACGGCUCUAAGGACCUCCCCAAUUACGGGGCUAGUUGUGGGGGCGGAGUCGUGAAUUCAUCAGAGGGCGUGGCUUACCCUCAAUACAUCACCAAAAACACCACUCUUAAGUACUGGCGGAAGACAUUUUGCAAAAUGGCGGUCCUCCACCAUCGAAAAGAUGUGUCUAAAUAUGGGGUUAAUGCGUUCCGGUUUGAUUUAAUCGACUCCAUUUUUAACCGAACGGAGCCGAGCGAAGCCGAUUGUUUUCGGGGGCAGCCGGAUUUACCCGAUGGUCUUUCGGAUAUUUCCAAAUGUCAUUUUGGGUUUCCCCUAGCUACGAGUUUCCCUCAUUUUCUCCACGGUGACUCGAUUAUUAGAUCGUACGUCAGUGGAAUGAAGCCAAACCGGACGAAGCACUCGUCUUACCUCAUCGUUGAACCGACCACAGGGGUGCCACUCGAAUCGGCGGCCCGGUCCCAAAGCAACCUAGUCGUGCGUAAAUUGACAGGUUUUAAUGAAUUAGUCACGCCUUUCAGCGACACUGUCAUUCCUAUGUUCUGGUUGGAAUACAACCAGAUGGGCCUACCUUGGUAUAUCAUCGGCUUGGUCUAUUUCCAAGUCAACGUUCUUCCGAUUUUUCAGCGCUUUUUCACAGCCUUCUUACUGACGGGAAGCGUGAUCCUCUUCUGUUUCUAUAUCAAGCACAAGCGGAAGCAGCGGCUACUAGAUAAUAAGGUUCUCGUGUUCGAGAAGGAGUUAUUUAUGAAGAAACCCUAGUUUUAAGUUAUACACGCAGUAUUGUACCAUUGCUCAAUUAUUUUCUAAGAAAGUGUCAUUUUCUAAGGGGAAAUUUGUUGAUUUUGUAACGUUUUAGUCGUAAAUUAAAUAAUAGACCAAAGUUUCUCAUUAAAUGUGAUACUUUUUUGUUAUGUUGGCAGCAACAUCUGCGACGCUAAUCAUUAGCUUAGGCAAUUUUUGACAAUAAAUAAAUAAAUCAGC